AUGGGUGGCGACGCUGACACUGCUGUGGACAAAGGGGCAUACCUCCUCCACCUCUUCUCCAUUGCCAUGACCAUCCUUCACCUCCGGUUAAGCAUGCGGCCGACCACACCUUCGCCUUCCAGUGUCGUCAUCCACUCCACAGCCCUCGGCAAGCAGUCUCCGACCGCCGUCAUCUCUCCUAAAGUUAUCUGGUACUAUACCGAUCCAUCUGGCACAUUCUGGCAAUGCAAUGCAAAAGCAAUAGGAUCUGGAUCCGAAGGAGCUUAUAGUUCUCUUCAAGAGCAAUACAACAAGGACCUGUCCCUUCUGGAAGCUGAAACUAUAGCUCUUUCCAUCCUGAAACAAGUCAUGGAAGAAAAGGUAACCCCUAAUAAUGUUGACAUUGCAAAGGUGGCUCCUACUUACCAUCUAUAUACACCUGCCGAGGUUAAAGAUGUCAUUUCUCGCCUUUAA